AUGAAGGGAAAAGGCUCUCGAGCUCGCUCCGGCGCCUCAGAUCGCGGGGGUAUUCGCAAGCGGGGUUCGACACGAAUCGAUCGAGAUGGCGACCUCUCCAUGGACGGGGACGCCGCUCGCGCGCGUGGAAAGAGGACGCGCGGCGACGCUGGCCGUGCGACUCCGGCUGGUGGACGGCCUCAAGCUCGGGACAGGACUCUGAAUGCGAUUCAGAAAGCGAUCGCCAGUAAUGCGGACUCGCAAGCGAAUAUUCGGCAGGGAACUCGAGGAGCGGGCUUGGAACAGGUCAGCGUUCGUGGCUGGAAACAGAGCAAGGCGGCUUCCAACCGUGAUGGAGGCCUUGAGAGUCUCAUCGCUUUCCUCGAGAAAAAACUCACUGCAUCCGAUUCGAAAGCUGGCGCCCGCGCGAGAAUAACAAAGCAAAAACGCGCAGCGGUCGUACUCUCCGGUCUGUCCUCGUCUUCUCCAGGCAUGGUAUUUCAGAACGACGAUCGGCAACGUCUAGGGUCCUUUUUUCUCUUGAGCUCGCGAGUUGAAGGCGACUCUGUAAUAGUGUCUAUCCGACCCGGGUUGUUGGAUAGAAUGCUGCAGAUGAAUGGUUUUAGUUUUGCGGGUGCGCCUCUCACGAUCGAAGCGUACGGGCCGUCCGCGAAUGGAAUGACGGAUCAGCCGAUGCUUUCGGAUAUCGCGCAGAAUGGCGGUGCUCCCUCGACCGCCGAUACCAAGAGCAAGAUGACUGCGAUUUUGAGCAAGCGAUAUUAUCAACAGACAAAGUUGCUUGAUCUUUCCAAGCUAGGCAGUGACCCCGAUCUUUUGGCCAUGGGCAUCUUCAACAGCACAUCCACCGAGUCCAAGUUCUUCCCUGCGCUGAUGAAAGUCUGGGAAAUGAGCUUCGACAAUUCUACGACGAGGCGCGAGGCCGUGGAGAGUGUCAGUCUUGCAGACAACCAACUCGCAAACAUCGCAGUUGUUACAAGUCUAGCCCAAACGAUCCCCGACCUGAGAAACCUGGAUCUCUCGAAUAAUAACUUCAAAGACGCGCAGUCCUUGAUCGGUUGGCGAUGGAAAUUCCGCAACCUUGAAUUCCUCGACCUCACCGGUACUCCUUUUAGCGCCGAUCCUACCUUCAAGGAGACGAUGAUGAAGUGGUAUCCGAAGUUACGAGUCUUGAACAAUGUUGAAGUUCGGACCGCGGAGGAGAUCGCUGCCCAGAAGAAAACACCGAUUCCUGUCCAGCCACCUCACUUCUUUGAUGAAUCGCAAAUCGCGGAGAACUUUGUCCGGGCAUUUUUUGUUGGAUAUGACAACGACCGCAACGACCUUCUCAACGGUGUUUACGAUAAUCACUCGACUUUCUCCCUGAACGUUAACACAUCCGCGCCGAGGGCUCAACAGACCGAGACCGCUGGCUGGGAUCCCUACAUAAAAAAGAGUAGAAACCUACUCAAGAUCAACCACCUUCCAGCCAGAAUGUCACGCGCCUAUGUCGGUGUGGAGAAGAUUCGUGAAGUCUGGAAUAGUCUUCCUAAAACCAAACACCCUGACGUGGCAGCUCAUCCGAACGAAUGGCUCAUCGAAUGCUUCCCGGUGCCAGGUCUUCCAGAUCUGUCUGGGCAGAGCAGCACCGGAGUGGGUGGUCUUCUGAUCAUGGUUCAUGGGAAAUUCGAGGAGCUUAUUGAUGGAAAAGUUGAGGUGCGCAGUUUUGACAGGACAUUUAUUCUUGGUCCUGGUGGAGGAGUUGGCGGUAUCAGAGUGAUCAGUGACGUUCUUUGUCUGAGAGCAUAUGGAGGACAUGAGGCAUGGAUUCCUGAAACGCCAACGGUUCCUCCGUCGGUUCAGACAACAAUUCACCCAGCAGCUCCCCAGGCAGUCCCGGAAGGAUAUGGUAUGCCGUUGCCCGGAAAGCCCGAGACGCAGGUCCAGCAAGAGCAGCUGGUAAUGCAGAUGAGCACGAAGACAAACAUGACUUUACAGUAUUCCGAAAUGGCACUAUCAGGAAAUGGCUGGAAUAUGGAUGCGGCUCUGAAGAACUUUGAAGAACUCAAGGCACAAGGAACAUUACCUCCAGAAGCUUUUCUUCCUGGAACGGUAUAA